UCCUGCUUCCUGUCUUUCACGUUCGUGAGUUCGUCGCAGGAGAAACGUAGUGACACGUGCAAACAUGGGUUUUCAAAAUAUUUGGUACUCACACCCACGAAAAUACGGUCAAGGAUCUAGGUCCUGCCGCGCCUGUGCAAACAGACAUGGGCUUAUUCGUAAAUACGGCCUGAACAUCUGUCGACAGUGCUUCAGGGAAUAUGCAGCCGAUAUUGGUUUCAAGAAACUGGAUUAAAUAUAAUGUAGGACGUAGUACAAGAAAUUCAUGGGCGACGGCACCAUGAUUUCCACACCAACACCCUGGGAUUAAAUUAACAGCAAAAAAUGGAGAUUGUGUAACAUCUGGCACACAACGUUCUUGAAAUGAAUAUAUUUAUAUCUACAUAAUCCAAUA